AUGCGUUUCACUGCCAACACCCUUUGGGCUGUUCUCUUCGCCCUCGGCACUGCCAGCCAGGCCACCGCCCACCAGCGCCGCAUGGCUUACCGCCGUGCCGGCGAGCACAACAUGGUCGCUAGGGACGUUACCUACACUCCUGAUGCCACCCAGGCCUCUGCCGACGUCACUACCGAAGCUAUUCCUACAGACGCCACGACCACGUACGACUCACAGUCGGCAUCGGCUGACCCCACGCCGGCGGCCGCCAACGAGGUGGCCUCAGCCGUCACUGACGCGGUUACCACGCCCGCCAGCCAGGCAACCUCGACCUCGAGCGAGGACGAUGACGAAGACUGCGACGAGGACGAGGACACGACUGCGUCGUCCACAGACUCGGCGUCGGUCCCCACUGAGACUGAUGAAGAUUGCGAGGAAGACGACUCGUCAACCUCGACCCCAACUGCCGUUCAGACGAGCACCGACCCCACUCAAACCGACGAUGACGAGGACCUCCCUUGGUGCGACGAGGAAGACGUCACCACAGACUCCAGCACCCAGGCGACCCCGGCCACUGGAUCGAGCGACCCUGUCAACACUGCCUCGGCCAACACCUCGCCAGCGGCGGUCCCGGACUCGACUGUAACUGCCGGAGCCACCGCCCAGACUGGCUCGUCCGACUCCAACUCAUCGGGUGGUAGUGUCGCCACGCCUUCGGAGGCGACCUCGUGUGGCGAUGCUGCUACGGUCACUGUCACUGUCACCGUUACUGCGGGCGCCGCUCAGGCAACUUCCAACGGUAGCAGCGACUCGAACAGCAGCAGCAACUCGAACAGCGGCAGCGACUCGAACUCGGUCGUUGGCAGCACCAGCCCCACCACCGUGUCCACUGGCAAUGUCAGCUCCCCCACCGAUGGUGUCAACACCCCGACAGCAUCUGUGACCGCUGCAUCGCCAGUUGAGACAGCCGACAGUGACGAUGAGGACUGCGAAGAGGAUGACGAGCCCACUGAGACAACGGCACCCUCUUCUACCGAGACUAGCGUCGACGACGAAGACUGUGACGAGGAGUCUGACGACUCGACAGUGGCUGCCAGCGGCACUGCCACAUCUCCCGAAGCGGUCCAGACUGGAGACGACGAGUGUGAAGACGAUGACCAGGUUGAGUCUGUCGGAUCCACUGGCGUGGCCACUCCCGUUGUGACUGAGGCUUCGGCCGCCCAGGUUACUGGAUCUGAUGUCGCCAACGCGACGGAUGCUCUCACUCCUGAGUCCACUCCCGCUCUUGAGUCGACCACUCUCGAGUCCACUACCGACUCUAGCGUGCCCGAUGCCACGGAGACUCCCCUUGCCCGCCGUUUCCGCAUCUGGCGUGGUUAA